CAACCCUAACCACACAGUGCGCGCGGGAGAGAGAGAGAGCGAGCUGGAAAAGCUUCUCUACAGUGUAUCAAUGGCGAUUCACAGCUCGAAUUCCGAUGAAACAAAAGCUUCAACACCUCAUUGCAGCAAGGCCAAUCACAACCAGUUCUUCGUAUGGAGAGAAUUCUUGUGGGGAGGUAUUGCUGGAGCUUUUGGGGAAGGAAUGAUGCAUCCAAUUGAUACUGUAAAGACACGGAUGCAAAGUCAAGCCAUUUUUAAUGGAUGUCAGAAUCAGAAAAGCAUAUUACAGAUGGUUCGGACAGUCUGGGUCACUGAUGGGCUAAGAGGCUUCUACAGAGGAAUAGCUCCUGGGGUUACUGGAUCUCUUGCAACUGGAGCAACGUAUUUUGGUGUUAUAGAGUCCACUAAGAAGUGGAUUGAAGAAAAACACCCUAGCCUUGCGGGCCACUGGGCACAUUUUAUCGCUGGAGGUCUUGGAGAUACACUUGGCUCUUUUGUGUAUGUUCCAUGCGAAGUGAUAAAGCAACGCAUGCAGAUUCAAGGCACUAGAAAAUAUUGGAGUUCUGUAGUCAUAAAGGACAAUAUGAAACCUGGCAUGCAAAUGUAUGGCUACUAUUCAGGAAUGUUUCAGGCUGGCUCUUCAAUAUUGAAGGAAAAGGGGCUAAAAGGAUUGUAUGCAGGAUAUUGGUCUACACUUGCAAGGGAUGUGCCGUUUGCAGGUCUAAUGGUUACCUUUUACGAGGCCCUAAAAGAUUUGACGGAGUUUGGAAAGAAAAAGUGGAUUCCCAGUUCAGGUUACCAUGUUAAUAGUUCCAUUGAGGGACUCUUGUUGGGAGGACUAGCUGGUGGUUUUAGUGCAUAUCUCACCACUCCCUUGGAUGUCGUCAAGACAAGAUUGCAAGUACAGGGAUCAACUUUAAGGUAUAAUGGUUGGAUAGAUGCGGUUCGUACUAUAUGGAUGACUGAAGGCAUAGCAGGAAUGUUCAGAGGUAGCAUUCCCAGAAUCAUGUGGUACAUUCCAGCAUCUGCUCUUACGUUCAUGGCCGUUGAAUUCCUCAGAGACCAUUUUAAAGAAGCAUCAAACAACGAUAAAGUGCAUGAAGUCGCAAGCAUAUCAAUCGACAAAAAGGAAUCUUCUUUCCAAGAGGUGUCUUAAAAACUUAUACUGAAUUACACGACUUUUCUUCACCAUCCAGUUAAUUUUAGUGAGAUAGAGCUCUGUACCGUAUUAGAAUUCAAGAUCAAUAGGUUACCAUAUUGGAUCAAUUGUAUUCUUUUGAUGAAAGCCUCAGGAACAUGGAAAUGACAUUGAGAAUUUGUCCGAGUUAGGAUUGAAUUUUUUUUUUUUAAUAUGCUUUGUAUUACAAUUACAGGAACAAUGAUGAAAUGUUGUCCAAUCUUGAUUUUUGUUUCUUGCA